AGAGAGCCAGAGAUUCAGAGAGGCCAAGAGAAACUUGAAAGCUGUUGAACCUGGUCCAGAAGCCUACCUCCUUCCUGAAAGCACUAUGAAGGUCUCUGGAGCUGUCCUGACCCUGGUUCUCAUUGCUGCAGCCUUCUGGUGUGGAGUUCAAGCUACUGAUGGUUCUAAUCAUCCAGCCAUUUGCUGCUUUGAAUUCACUACUAAGAAGAUUCCUCCAAAACUGGUGGUAAACUAUGAGGCUACCAGCAGCACCUGUGCCAAUAACGGUGUGAUCUUUUUCACAAAACGAGGCUUUGAAAUCUGUGCUAACCCAGAAGAAAAGUGGGUCCAAAAUAUUGUGAAGCUACUAGACAACAAGAAAACCACCACCAUGAUGACUACUACCACUGCUGCUUCAUCUUAAACCAGCCCACUUGGAGAUAAAGCUGGAUAGAAUAAUUUCUUUCUUUCCCACCUCCCAGAGCUGCUCUCUGCAACACUUAAUUAUAAUUUAAAUAUGUUUUGUUUCAUUUAAAUUAUUGUUACUUAACUUUAUAUUUCACAAGAAUUUGUACCUUAAUUGUCAUCAUUAUUAUUAUUUGUCAUCUUCUUUUAACUUUCUCAUCUCUAAAAUGGAUGAGAUUCCAUUCCUGUCUUCCCUUGUAGUGAAUAUUUUGUGAGAAUUGGUUUGAAAAUCCAUGUGAAAGUUCUUUGAACUUUCUAUAGGAAACUCAUACCCAGAACUCAAGAUAUUUAUAAUGAAUAUUUUUAUGGAAAACAAUGUUAUACUAUGACUAUUGAAUUACCAUAGACAAAUAUAUUUUUAUUUAUAAAACCUGACAA